AUGGAACUUACUUCCAAUGCUAUACAUCCGAAUGAAGUUGCAUUUAAGAAACCGAAAAAAAAUAUGAGCAUAAAAAAGGCUAAGGCAAACUCAAUCAAUUUGGACUCAAACGAAACGAGCGACAUGCCAGUGGAACCCCCUCCUUCUUCUCCAAACGGAAAUGACACAGAUGAAAAAGAUACCACAAUCAAAAGUAAAGUAAAAAAACAUAGACUAAAAAAAGUGGACGAGCUGCAAAAUGGGGUUUCAAACAACGAUGAUGGAGAAAGUAUUGAGAAGUCUAUGAAUCAGAAAAAGAAAGAGAAGUUGACGGGAAAAAAAAAAAAAGAUCAAAAGGAGAGUGUCGAUGGGGAGGGACAACAAGAUGAAGUAACAAAUGUCGAAACGGCUGCAGAAAAAAAAGCAAAAUUGAAAGAAGCACGGAAAAUAAAAAAUGACUUGAAGGAAAAAAAAAAUAAUCCAAUAAACGUCAACAUUGACACGUUGCAAGAACAAAUCGAUAGUAUUAACAAACAACCAACGAAAGAUACCAAGCAAAUUAUCUUGGAAUUAAAAAGUACACUAAAUAUUGUGGAUAGUUCGAACGAAAUUAAAAAAAUUGAUGGACUAAAUACAAAUGAAAUAAAAACCCUAGACGCAUGGUAUUCUGCCAACAAGUUAAAAAUCAUCCCUUGCUUAUUUGAAGACAAACCGCUCAAUGCCAGCUUGCUAAAUGCGCUGUACUAUAUCGAACCGGCAUUUAGAAAUAAAAAGCGAAAAAUAAUUAUCUACCUAAAAUUUGUCAAGGCGAAAUAUGAAAAGUCGCUGAAAAGGGGCAGCGAGGGAAAGGUGGGUAACAGUGAUGAGGACAGCAACGACAAGAAGGACUCAUGCAAAGACGGACAAGAACAGUACAAUGAUAAAAUUAUGGAAAUACUACAUAAUGAUUUGGAAAAUUUAAAACAAAAGGAAUACAUGAAAAAAAUACUGGAACUUCUCAAAAACGAAAACAGUUUUAUCAAUUUGAAGCAAUAUUUUUAUUUUUUAACAAAUACAUCCAUUGACAUACUGGAUGUGUUUUUAGAGGAAGAUGGACUAUCGUGCAUAAAACAUAUUUUGCAAAAUAUAGCUAAAAGGAAGCGCAUGAAAAAAUGCUCCAUUUUGCUAAUUCAUAUUCUAAAUGUUUUAAAAAAAUUAAAUAUCACUCUGGAUCAUUUAAAGUGCACGUUGAUAGGAGUACCCAUCAACUUUAUUGCUAGAAAUAAGGUCGACGAGAAGAAUGACAUGAACUAUACAACGGACAACGAGCAGGUUCAGAACAUGGCGAAGGAGCUAAUCGAUGAGUGGAAGCUUAUACGGGACAAGGCCUUAACUGGUGUGGGUGCCGACCGGGGGGUUUACCCCUCUGGGGCGGAAAAACGCGAAAGCAAAAUGGAAAAAGCAGAAGAAAGGAAAGCGCAGAAUAAAGUGGAGAAUGCACAGGAAAACACGCUGGACAGUACAACGCCUCCCAAAGGCGAAGCGGACAGCGGACCGGGUCUCCCAACCAAAAGUAAAACCAUGGAAGUGUUCCCCAGGGAGAGCUCCAACGACCGUGCAGUUAGAAAGGCCAAAUCGAUGAACCCUAGGAAAGACGAAAAAACAAAACAAGAAGAAAAGAAGGGAAAUCCCAAUUUUGUCCAUUUGGAACCGAAAGGUGUAGUAAUCCCCCAUUCCAAAAGUAAUGAUAAAAAAAAAACAGACAAAUCCAACGAAGGCAAAAAUAUUAUGCUAGAAAUAAUAGACACGUUGAAUGAAGAGUACGAAAAGAAAAAAAAAAGACAUCAAGAAUAUAGGAAAGCAAAAAUUGAAGGAAAAAUCAAAAAGUUCAGUUCUUUGAAAAAUACACCUGAAAAUGUCAAGAGUGAAAUUAUCCUCCCCGAUAUUGAUAGUAUUCCUAAACCCCAUUUGGAUAGUUCCUUAAGUAAAAGACAUUCCCUUGACGAUUUUUCUCCAUCCACCUCCCUACCCCAACAUCAUCAAAUGAUCAAUAAAUUCCCACAAAAUAAUAGCAGUGUUAUGAAUAACUAUAUGCAAAGCUCGAGCUACAGGAUGAACAAAAGUACAAAGAUGAUGAGCGCAUCUCCUCCACCACAUGAUAGGUUCAACAGGGGAAAGGAAAACUACCCUUUGGAGAUCCUAAAAAAACAAAACGGUAAUGCAUACCUAGAGGAAGAAGAGCCCUACAACAGUAGAAAUAUUGUUAGUAGAAAUUCAAGCUCACUGAACAGGACGACCCACUCAAGGGAAAACAAAUCUGCAUACAUGGACCAGUACAACGGUACACACGAUGAUAGGAGUAUGAAGAGCCAACCGUUCGAGGACAAUGAAUCCAUGUUUGGUCAUUCCCCGAUCAACAACAUGAAUACAGAUAUGAGUUUUUUAAAAAAUAAACGUGGUUUUCCACCCCCGCGGUAUAGCAGAGACGCUAGUCGUGCGUAUGAAGAGGGGUAUAGGGAAGCAUCCACCUACAGAAUGCAUCAUAAAGAAAGGCAACCAUCCGAUCGUAACAGUACUUACAUGGAAGAUGAUCAGUUUGGUAAUGUACCACAGAAAAGGAGAAGAAACGCUUCCCCUAGGAAUAACCCAGAUGAUCACCUCAUGUAUGAUCAUCCAUAUAGAGGAAAAAACAGCGGUCAUAAAACGGUCCAGUUUUCUGAUGAAAAUCCAACCGUAUAUUCCUACGAUGCACCCAGAUUGGAUCGAAGCAGAGGGAAAGAAAUGAAAAACAGAAUGAGUGAUAUCCACUCCGAGGUUAAAGACCCAUUUGAACUUUAUUCUGGUGUUCCUUAUCACUCAAGGGAUCUCGACCAAGGAUCAAUGGAAAGAUCGGCGAAAUCAGAAUGGAGAAACGGUAAGAUUUUUCAUGGUAACAAUACGAUUUGCUUCAAAAAUAGAGAUGACAUUACUACCAACAAUGUGGGUAGUCAAGAGGGAGAGGAAGAGGAUACCUUUUGGGGUUCCUUCACAAAAAACGAAUUCAUGAAUUUAUUAACCUUUAAAAAUGUAUCCCCAAAUGGGAACAAAUCUGCCAAAGGUGCGGGAGGAAAACUAUUACCUUUUCUCCAUGGCGCCUCGUCAAAUGGUAACAAAAUUAACGCCUUAAUUUUACUUAACUCUGUUUUACUGGAAGGUGCAGGUAAAAAAAUGGAGGAUCGUAGUCUCAUGAACAAUCGGGAAGUCAACCUUGACGCCUAUCAUGGAGGAAAGAAAUAUGGAGAUUCUGUGGAAAGAACUUUUGGUAGCGCCUCACAUAUGAAAGAAAUGCUGCACACCUCACUGAAGGAGAUUUUUAAAAAUUACAAAAAUUUCGAAAAUGUAAAAAUAAAUUAUGAAGUUGCCAUAAAAGGGAACCAUUACCCUCCAAAAAUAUUUGAAGACAGUGAAGUGCUCAAAAAUGACAUCAUCAUUAAAUUUAAUUAUGACAGUUUGGAGAAGGUUCCUAUAUAUUUAACCUGUGGAAGAGACGCUCCAAAUAUUGCACCGAACAAAUACGAAGCUGAGAUGGAUAAGAAUAGUAACAACAUGACAAAUCUUAUUCCGGAAGAAUUUAACUUGUUACCAUUACCUGAGUUGUUUCCCCCGCCAAAUUUAAACAACCUCCAACUCCCCCCCAUACCGAUUAUACCUGGGCUCCCCUCAUCGCAAAAUAUUAUUCCUCCCAUUAUGGUACCAUAUAAUUCUGCUCCGUUUAAUGAACUACCCGACAGCAGGAACAACUUGCCUCACGAACACACACAAAGUGACGUGAGUGGUAACCCCAUCGGCGAUGAAAAACUCUACAAAUCCUUUGACGAUUUCUUAAACAUUUUUGACGAGGACAUUCGAAAUAUUCUGCUCAAAAAUACUGACCUGGCCAAAUUGCUCAUGAGCAAACCAGACGUCGUGAAGAAGAUGCUGAAAGGCCCAGAGUACAUUAACGAGGCCUUGUGUUCGUUGGAAGAGGAGCUUAAAAGUUGGAAUCGGUCCUCCAACUGA